CAAUUGAAUAACAUUUAAUAAUUACAGUGAAACAAAUUUAAAUCGUUCAAUUAGACUACAGUAGAACGUGAUACAGAUUUUGAAAAUGCAAAUUUCAAGAUUUUUAAGAACACAAAUGACUAACGAUUAUAAGUUGGUAAUGGUUGCUAUUCUUCAUAGACAUGGAGACAGAGCACCUAUUCUAGAACAUUUAUAUCCUGGUAGUGUAAAUAAGAGCAACGAUUUCUAUCCCGUUGGAGAAAGUAAUUUAACUAAUGUUGGAAAAAGUCAACUUUAUGAAGUUGGUAAAAAGUUACGUAAGCGAUAUGAUUCAUUUUUGGGCCCGUAUUUUAUUGGAAACGAAGUUAAAAUUAUUACAAGUACGUUAGAAAGAACACAAAUGAGUGUGUUGGCAUUAUGUGCAGGUUUGUUUCCACCGCGCGACCAACAAGUUUGGAAUAAGGAUUUAAUGUGGCAGCCAGUUGUGUAUACAGAAGUAAAAAAAGAAAAUGAUUGUAUUAUUCGAGGCCCGUCAGACAUAUAUCCGGAAUAUAAAAAUUUGUACAAUAAAGAAUUAAAAUCAAAUUUUAAUAUGAAUUUAUUAAAACGUUAUAGUCAAGAAUUGGAUUUUAUUAGAAAACAUGCUGGAUAUCAGAAACCAAGUAUUCGAGACGCAUAUUAUUUAUAUCAAUCAUUAAUGGGCGAGCAAAGUAUGGGUUUAUCCUUACCGAAUUGGGCAAAAGAUAUUUUUCCAGAUAAACUUGAAGAAAUGGCAGUGUACGAAUACGAUUUGUCAACAUUAACAAUUCCAUUAAGGCAAUAUGCAGGAGGUGGAUUAGCAAAAGUUAUAACAGAUCUAUUUACAACAAAAAUUAGUAAUAAAACAAAACAAAAAUGUUUGAUCAUUUCUGGCCAUGAAAGCACAAUCGGAUAUCAAUUAAGACUUCUAGAUAUUAAUGAUCGUAUGGUACCUAGAUUUGGAUCACAACUUAUAUGGGAAUUGCAUCAAAAAGACAGUAACUAUUUGGUUAAGAUUUUUUAUGAAAAUUUUUAUGAGUCUGAACCAGUUGAAUGCUUGUCCAUGCCGUAUGAAGAAUUUAUGAAUAAAAUGAAUCCAUUUUUCCCAUCUUGGAAAAUAAUCAUAUAAUAAUUAUAUUUAGUAGAAAAUUAAU